UCGGCGGGCAGCAGGAGUACGCGCCGACUCAAACCGUACCGCGACCGCCGCAGUCCACGCAGUCACACACACACAGCCAUCGAAGGUGUGCGAAACAGGAGUCUGCGAGGGGCAAUCCUGCUGGAUUUAUUACUGGUGGCGCGAUUUAGGUUGGUAGUACCGUGUGGUUGUGACUGCAACUCAACUCACAGGAGAGUCGCUCGGAAACGCAAAAGGGGCACGUUUCCGAAUUUCCAUCGGCGCGCACAGAGAGAAAUCACCGCGAUAUUCGCUCCUUAUCACUGGUUACACACUGGUUGAUUAGUACUAGUAGUACCAGUGAUACUCUGGUGGUAUAUACGGUCCGCGCGCGCGGCCUGCAAACGUGUGCGAAUCUAGUCAGAAACAAAACACGAACGACGACUGCUCAACGCCACCAACAUGCUCAUCAAAGAAUAUCGAGUCACCUUACCACUGACUGUCGAGGAGUAUCAAGUUGCGCAGCUGUAUUCAGUUGCUGAAGCAUCCAAGGAUAACACCGGCGGCGGUGAAGGUAUCGAAGUGCUGAAGAAUGAGCCCUUCACCGAUUACCCGCUGCUGGGCGGCAAGUACAAGGCCGGCCAGUACACGUACAAGAUCUACCAUCUUGCCAGCAAAGUGCCGUCGUUCAUCCGCCUGAUGGCGCCCAAAGGCAGCCUGGAGAUUCACGAAGAGGCGUGGAAUGCGUAUCCCUAUUGCAAGACUGUCAUCACUAAUCCAGGCUACAUGAAGGAUAACUUCGUCAUAUGCAUCGAGAGUAUGCACAUAGGUGAUCAGGGUGAUCAAGAAAAUGUACAUGAAUUGACGCCGGAUAAGCUGAAGCAGCGCGACGUCGUGCACAUCGACAUCGCCAACGAUUCAGUCUCCAGCAACGACUACAAGCCCGACGAGGAUCCGAGCAAGUUCAAGUCGGAGAAGACCGGCCGCGGCCCGCUCACGAGCAAGCAGUGGAAGAAGGAGGUGCAGCCGGUGAUGACGUGCUACAAGCUCGUCACGUGCGAGUUCAAGUGGUUCGGCCUCCAGAAUCGCGUCGAGAGCUUCAUCCAGAAGCAAGAACGACGGUUAUUUACUAAUUUCCAUAGGCAAGUAUUUUGUUGGAUGGACCGCUGGCACGGCCUGACAAUGGCGGACAUUCGCGCCAUCGAAGACAAAACGAAAGAGGACCUAGAAAAGCUGCGCAAGGAGGGCGAGGUGCGCGGCAUGAAGGCCGACGACGCAUAAGCAGUGUGCGCGGACGCGCCUGGAACGCCGCCAUCUUGGACUUGUACACCUACCUAACUUACCGACAUAGACGAAUGCAACAGUUAUCUAUUCAAAUUCAGCCACACACACACACACACAGAACAUACACGCAACACACCAAACACAACCAAAAGACACUUGAUAUUUUAUUUACUACGUUUUUAUUAUAUGUUUGUGUUAUAUCGGAGUAUUAUUAACAUGUUUUAACACAAACACACAACACACGUACACGACACACAUUUUCGGUUUACUGAAUGUUACGGGUCGUAGUACUACUAGUGCGAGGCGCGCUGCAUAACUCUAAGUCUCUAACUGUCGUUAUUUAGUUAAUUUAGGGCAAAUUCAAACGCGGAACGCUGUUAAAGUUUAUGAUUAUUGUGAAUGACGUGAACGUGAACAGUCCAGCACACGCCUGUAUUCAUUUCGCGUGUUAAAAACAGCCUAAAAACUUGAUAGUUGUAAAACUUACACGCGGGGUGUGGUGUAUGGGUAGGUUAUAAAUUUGAUUGUCGAUUGUCACUUAUCAACACUACGAUUACUGAUAACAGUUACCAUUUAUUAUGUCGACGAUGACGAUGAUGCAUUUACGGUCGAGUGUUGCAGCUGCAGCAGCGGCCAAACGUACAAUUAUUUUUAAUUACGAGCUUACUGCGGCGAGACACAAUUGUGUGUUGCCUACAUAUAUUUAUGUUGCGGCCAUAUUUGUUCAUUUGUUCACGCAUGGUCUCCGAGUAUGAGUAUUUUGCGGCAGUUGUUUGUUGUUUUUUUACACUUUCGCGUUGCGAAUUGGGAAUUAUAAAUGAAACAUGGAAGAGUU